AUGUCUCUCUUAGCCCUCCCUUUUACAGUACUAGAAGCUAUCCUCAGCCUCGUCCUAGACCUCCCUCUGCCCGCCGGGCAUACACUCGAUGGCGGAGAAUGUAGGACAAUAACCCUCUGGGGAGACAUCACGCACAAAGCAAAAGGAGCCAAACAAUUCAUUCAAGCCGCCCUCUCACUCUUCUUUGCCUCGCGACAGCUCCACGACGUCGCCGCACCGCUCUUCUACAGCAGAACGACCUUUGCUUUUGAGGAUAUUGACUGUCUCGGUGUCUUUCUAGAUACUAUUGGGUUUUUGAAUCGGCAGAGUCUGCGGUAUGUGGUAAUUUAUCUUGAAAGGGGCGACCCGUCGAAAGAUGGCAAUGGUGGUGGUGGUGAUGAGGAUGAUUUGACGGCGGCCUUUCUGCGAAAAGCCACAACGACCCUAUCCAGCCUUCCCACACUUCGGGGGUUGUGGGUCUUUUCUCCGUUCAAGGAGCAGUCGCUGGCUAUUGAUGAGGAGACUGGGGCGGUGCAUCUGCCCCUCCGCGCGGCACUGCAAAGGUUCAGGCGUAUUGAGGAGCUUGUGCUGGUCGGUUGUCCACACGACGUUUCCUGGGAUAUUUUAUACGGCGGCGGAGGAUCCCCGGGGACCGAGGAGAAGACAUCAUCCGUGUGGCCAUCUCUUUCGGCGCUGCGUCUCGAAGGAAGCCUGCCGUCCAGGAUUGGCGGCGUCAGCCUUGCCACAGCACUCUCGGCCGCGAAUCUCCCUUCUCUUACACACUUGGAAUUCCAAGGCCUCGAUGAUGGAGGCCGCGGCAAUAAACAAGCUGAAACAACAUUCCUUGUUGAUGCUAUUCAAGUCGUGCGGCCCUUGCGGACAUUCCGUUGGUUGAGAGAGAGUGAACCACAGUCGCGGGCCAUCAGUGGGCCUCCCGUUCCUCAAUUUCUAACCGAUUGGCACAUUCACACCCUAAUCAGCCGGCAUGGGGAUGCACUGCAAGACGUGAAGAUUGAUCUCGCGGGCUCUUUAGCCCGGGACUAUGCCCAUAGUAUUACCGAGGCUUCCCUGGCAUCAGUAUUAGUUUCUCUGCCCGUGCUGAAGCGCGCAACAAUCCUAGCGCCUUUUCUUGACUUGGUGAAAUUCUUUCAAGCCAUUGUUGGCUCGGAUACGAAAUCGCUUUCGCCUCCGUCGCAGCAUGCCCUUACUCCAUUGCUGGAGGCCCUAAGGUUCACCCUCGGUAGCGAGGAGGACACCCUGAAUAGUGCGCUGAGCAGCAGCAAGUUAUCGUCGCUCUUCCUGCGCUCAAAAUUCUGGAAUAUAUCACAGCUCCGGCUCCGGGUCGUUGUCGGAACGAGGCCCAGGAUCACCAAGUCUGUUCGCUCGCAGAAGAUUCUGCGUGAUAAUGAGAAGCGGUAUCCCGAGCUGGAGCAAGCUUUCUUCGCGUGCAUGGCGGAAUGCCGACAUCGUUCAGAUAUGCGUACCGACUCGGAACAAGGACCGGCUGAGAGGGAGCAUUGGUGUGCACUGUCGCUGGUUGAUGUCUAUGAUUAUAGUCCUUACUGGGAUGAUUCACGGGAUGAGUGGUGUGAGGAAGAUGUUUGUGCUAGAGGCCUUGAUGAUGACCCUGAAGCUAGAGAUAACGGAGACGAUAUAUCUCAGUGA